AUGCUUACUCUCAUCCCUGUCUUAACUGUGUCUUCUGAAGCCAAGACUGCAUUUCUGUUCUUUUCAAUCCUGGAAUUUGCAGUGGGAAUGCUGGCCAAUGCAUUUAUUUUCUUGGUGUAUUUGUGGGAUAUGGUGAAGAGGCAGCCUUUGAGCAACUGUGAUCUUGUGCUACUGUGUCUCAGCAUCACCCAGCUUUUCCUGCAUGGGCUGCUACUGCUGAAUGCCAUCCAGCUCACCUUCCUCCAGCAGAUGAAAGACACACUAAGCCGCAACUACCAAGCCAUCCUCAUGCUCUGGAUGAUUGCAAACCAAGUCAGCAUCUGGCUUGCUGCCUGCCUCAGUGUCCUCUACUGCUCCAAGAUUGUUCGUUUCUCUCACACCUUCCUGCUCUGUUUGGCAAGCUGGAUAUCCAGGAAGGCCUGCCAGGUGUUCCUUGGCACUCUGUUUUUCUCCUGUAUCUGCGCUAUCCUCUAUUUGCAGGACUUCUUUAGCAAAUCUCACUUCACGGGUGUAGCUGUGUUACCUGUGAACAAUACAGAAUUCAACUUGCAAAUUUCAAAACUCAAUUUCUUUUACUCAUUUCUCUUCUGCAAUGUGGUGUCUAUCCCCCCUUUCCUAUCUUUUCUGGCUUCUUCUGGUAUGCUGAUUUUCUCCCUGGGAAGGCACAUGAGGACAAUGAAGUCCCAAACCAGAGACUCUUGUGACCCCAGCUUGGAGGUCCACAUCAAAGCCCUCAUAUCCCUGGUUUCCUUUCUCUGUUUCUAUGUGGUGUCUUUCUGUGCUGCUCUCAUCUCAGUGCCCUUACAGAUGCUGUGGCACAAGGCAGGAGUGAUGGUUUGCAUAGGGAUGAUGGCAGCCUUUCCCUCUGGAUAUGCAGCCAUCCUGAUCUCAAACAGUAACAAGCUGAGGAAGACAGUGGAAACCAUUCUAUUCUGGGCUCAGAGCAGCCGAAAGUUUUGUGGAAUCAUAAAAUGUGAAAAAGAAAAACCUGGAGAGGGAGGCGGCAGCGUCCGGGGCGGGCGGGAGGUGCACCAGCGGCGGCGGCGGCGGUAA